AUGGCCAUCACAGUCGCUUCACUCUUGACUCUCUUCUUACUCACUCCAUCCUUAAGCGUAGAUGAAUCUGGCCUCCCGAAGUUUUCUUUCAGUUGGUCGGACGACAAGAACAAGUUUAAAUCUGGUGAAAUCGCCAGAAUCUCGAUCAAAGUUCUUGGAAACUUCGAAACCAAUGGGAACGCUUCGUUAGGACAGGGAGCGUUUAAGCCGACACUUACUGUCAACGGCAAAACUGGGAACAGUACGUACAUUUCUGGUGUUUCGCUGGAUCUUGGUGCCGAUAUUAGCACGUGGAAGAUUUCUUUUAUUCCCAUCAUGGUUGGGGUUCUCAACAUCGUUAUAGAUGAUGAAACUUUCAAAGUCCUGGAUUCGUCGUUACAUUUUGAAGUCGAACCAGGGUUAAUGCACCCAUCUGUCAGUGUUGUUUCAUGGAUGGGUCUUAACAACGUGUUUGAAGCUGGGACGAAUGCAUCCAUCUUGAUUCUUCCAUUGGAUGCAUUUGGAAACAACAUCUCCUUUUCCGGGAAGGAGAUGGAGCUGCAGGGGUUUUCCUUGUCUCUUCAGAAUGAAAAUGGUUCAUUUGCUACCAUUUUUAAUACAACACACAUCAGAUGGAUGGAGUCUGGUUAUAUUUCCAUUGAGUUUGUUCUUGUCACCGCUGGAAAAUUCUUACUGCUUGUGGAGAAAGAAAGCCAAACCCUGAACGGUGUUCCACUACCUCUUGAGGUUAAUUCAGGGCCUCUAGAUGUUUCAAACUGUGUGAGCAUAUGGAAGUCAGAUCUAAACACAUGGCAGAUAUUUUCCAAAAUGGAGAUCAUGUUACACCAGAGAGACCGGUUCGGAAACCUAGUAUCUGGAUUUUACGAGUUUGAUGCUGAUGUGGUGGGGAAAGAGACUGGCUUAUCCAUACCGGUAGCAGAUUUCCAGUUUGAGUAUGUGGAUCCAGGGAUCCAGUUGAUGUCUUUCACCUUGUCUGAGCCAGGAAGCUUCUUGAUCACUCUUUCUGAUAUGGAGCACAAUAAGAGCAUCUCUAGUAUGCCUUAUGAGUAUACAGUCUAUAUAGGCUAUUGUGAUGGAGCAAGAAGUAUUGUAAAUGGUUCAGGGCUCAAUGCUUCUAUUGCUGGAGAGCCUCUUGGCUUUUCUAUAUACCUGAAAGAUGCUUAUGGUUAUCCCUCAUCAGUCCAAGUGGAUAUACUUCAGGUUAGAAUCAUACAAGAGGCUGAUUUUUCGUAUGUUUUGCCAACCAUAAAGCCAAGAGAGACCCUCAAUGGUACAAAAGUAUCAAGUUACAGAGCUGCUACACCGUUGUAUGAGAAACACGGCGGAGAAGCCUUACUUAAGCAGGCGAGUGUUUUUGACGUAUCUUAUACUCCAAGACAGAGUGGAGUUUAUAAGAUCUUUAUAUCCUCUGGGAACAUAGUCCUCAAUGGAGGCCAACCUUUCAUCAAGGAAGUUAAAGCAGGUGAAGUGAAUGUGGCAUCUUGCAUUGUAACCCAAUUCAAUGCAAAAGUGCCAAAGGAAAUCAAGAAUGAUAUUGUGGUCUUACUAGUGGACAUCUUCAACAAUCCUGUGCCUUCACAGCCAUCUCGGUUAAACCUUGAGAUAACCUCAACUAACACAUCAAGUUUCACUACAUGGAACUUUGUCGAUAACACUGAUGGGACAUAUAUUGGUAGCUAUCUAGCCAUGGAUGUCGGUACUUUCCGGAUGUGUGUAACCUUUGACGAUAAACAUAUCCAACCUUGCCCCUUUGACGUCAAUGUGUACAGCAGUGGAUACUUUCCAAAGGCCUAUGAUGAUGAAGUCAACGUGUGGGAAGAUGAGUCUAUCUCUUUCUAUCCUCUGGAAAACGACUACGUUGCUGGUGACAAUGCGAGCCUUGUUGGUUUUUCACAACCAGAUCAUGGUUCUCUUCUGAGAGAUGGGAACCUUCUUAGAUACACACCGAUCAAGGACUUCUCUGGAAACGACUCCUUUCUUUACACAAUAGUCGAUAUCAAUGGAAACUUAGGCAUAGCUACAGUUUACAUCAUCAUCCUCACUGCUCCUCCUCAGUUUUUAUCCUUUUCUGGAGGAUUACAAGCAACUGAAGAUGUAAUUAGUCCUAGAUCAGGGCAAGUACUGCUAUUCUCUUUAAUUCUCACUUCAGGUAUAAUAAUCUUAUUCUUGAAUGUUUAUUAUUACAGUGGCUUCUCUGGUCUGGAGAUAAGCUACUCAGACAAGCUGGAGAACAUUUCAGUCGCUGUACAAGCACUUUCCGGAUCGGUUAUUUUGUCUCCAAUGCUGAUGCAGUUCAGGUUGCCUGGUAGUGGAAGACUCUCAGUUAGAAAUGGUGGUGAAGAUGGAAGGCUUUUGAUCUUAGAAGGACAAAUAGGAGUUAUCAAUCCUGCACUUCACUCAAUACAAUAUCUAGGGAACGAGAACUUUUCUGGUGUUGAUUCUCUUCGGCUUACUACAAGGAACAAGAAUGGGAUUAAUCAACUAGAUGUUCCUGUCUUUGUGGAACCUGUGAAUGAUCCACCGUUUAUAAAUGUUCCUCACUAUAUAAUGCUUGAGAGUAAUGGGACAGAGUCGCUUAUCUUCCACAAGGAAACAGACAAGUUCAACUUCUCAGUUGGAGAUCCAGAUCUUGCUGGUUUCCCUGGUGGUGAAUCUCAUUUUUUAGUAACGUUCUCGGUGGAAGUUACUGACGGCUUUCUUCGGACAAACUUACCGUCCGAGCUUAUAAACUCAACCGAGCUAAAGUUCAAAAACAUAUUCAGGUGGCAGCCAAUUCAGACUUACGCUUCCAUUUCUAAACACGUGAAUGUCAAAGCCAGUGGGAUCAGGUUUCGUGGAACGAUAAAGCAAUGCAACGACCUAAUGGAACGGCUUCUUCAUCACGGAGGCGAGAACGGGGCUAUCUUGACCUUGAAAAUGAGUGACAUGGGGAAUUACGGGUGCUUUCUUGAUUGCGCUGAGAGAAUUUCACUGCCUUUACACGCGGUGGCUCGCGUAAACCUUAUUAGAAAGAGACCCUUAAGUUCCCUUGCAGCUCAUGUUUUAGGAUCUGUGAUUGUGGUGGAGUCUCUAGUGGUAUUCUCUCUCGCUAGUAUACUUCUGUUCUUCACUUGCAAAUGCGCAUUUCUUCUCCUACACGAGAGAAGAAGCCAACAUAGUGUUCACAUGAAUCCGCAGAAACCAACGAUGGACAAUGCCAAAUUGUUAAAUGACAAUGUUUCAACAAGAAUUGUCACUCGUUGUUUCCCGGAGAGUAUCUGGAAUCGCCAUGCACCUAACAGACAAGUCGGCGAAACUUCUGCCACGCAGAACAAGGAGUUGCCAGAGAUUAACAUUGUUCCGUUCGAGCUAGAGAAAGGCUAGAAGUUGAUGAAUCUGAGCCAUCAUGAUGACAUACCCGUGCAACCUAGUGACAUACAAUCAAGUAAUUCGGAUUAAAAAAAAUCUCAUGGAAGGUGAAAAUAUAUGCAAAAACAAGAAAGCCAUAUAUAUAUAUAGGCUAUGUCCUCAUGAUUUUAUGUCUAUUCUAACACCUCCUUAUUUUGUAAGCAGUUCUCAUCACAAAACAUUUUUUUUUUCCUUUAUAAAGUUCCUUAAACCAACCAAACAUUGUUUUUCAUGCUUUUGUUGUUACGCUCCUUUCUUCUUUGAUAUUACCAACUAGGGUCGGUCCACGCGAAUAUGCUUUAUAUGUGAUGUAUAUAUCUAUGGAAUUGUAUGUUAUUUUUGUGUGUGUUCUAUAAGCUUUUGCAAGAGAAAUGUAUUAUACUGUUUUUGGUUUCUAAGAACUUUGGUGUGUAAAGGGAUUAUGUAUGUUAAUUAAAAUUAAUUAUGUAUGAUUUUGAUGUUUCUGUCUAUAUUAAGUAGGUUGUGGCGUAUAACCUAUUAGAUUGGGUGUAUACGAUGUUGGUGGUGCUUUCUAGUUAUUUUGUGAUAAUUUUGAAUACAUAAUUGGUUGGUAAUUGUUUUUUUUUUUGCUAUAUUUGGAAAUUGUUUAUAUUAUAAAUUCACACUUAAAUGUAGAGUUAUAAAAUUCCAUUUCAAAUAUUUCAAUUCGUUUAAUGUUGUUGUCCAGUUGUAAAGAAGAUACCCUCCAUGCAUAACUAAUUCAUGACUUUUAUAGCUUAGUUAUAUGUGUUUACUAUUACUAUUAUGUAAACAAUUUGGUUUUAUUAAUUAUUUUCAAUUAGUUUCUUAAUUUUUACAGUUUUAAUUUAAUUUUUUGCUGUUUUAUUAAAUGAAUAAUAUUAUUAUUAAUGUUUUUUGUUCAAUUUUGCUUAUUUUUUUAUUUUAAAUAAGGUUAUAUUUUAUAGAACCAAAAAUACCUAAAAACAAUAAAGAUGAUGAAGAUAUAUAUAUUAUAAUACUUUCUUUAAUUUACUUUUAAGCUUUUAGUAAUAUUUUAAAAUUUAGCUGGUUUCUUUAGAAAUAUGAUGUCACGAUAAUAUUCAAAUUCUUUUAAUUAAGAGAUUAACUAUUCUGAAUUAUGAAGCCUCAGUUCAAAAAAAAAAAACUAUUCUGGAUUAUGUAAAUAAAUUAUUUGUAAAUUCCAAGUCAAAUUUUAUUGUAUGUUAACAUAUUUUGAUGAUCGUAGGAGCAUUCGGUUUUGUCUUGACAACUGUGCAGCGUUUUCUGUAUGAGUAACAUAUCGUCAAUGAGGAUAAAGAUAAGUGUUGGUACAGAGUUUUAAAAAUGGUUGAUAAUAUGUUUUUUAAAGUUAGAUUAACUGUACAAACCUGAGAUGGAGUCAUCAGCAACGUUCGUAGCGUUAGGUGACUCAGUGCUUACGACCAGACGACUAAGGUUGCUUGUACUCGGCUCCCCGGUGUCAGUUCGAGCUCUUUCUUUUGAUGUUUUCUUCACCAUAAAGAGUUUUUUUGUGAUUGUAGGUUGAGAUUUCAGAGAAUUGUCGAAAGAUAUAGGGAAUUAGCAGAGGCUAUAAAAUGAAUUAACUCGACGGGUACAUACUAAUUCUUAGGAAAUGUGAAAAUACAUUAACUUAUCUCCCACGCAAUUGAUGUUAUGUUCAUUAAUUCAUACAAUUUAAAGUAUCAGCAGGAAACAAUGUCUGUAACAUAACAACAGAUGGGAUCAAUAUAUUGGAUUUAGCUGGAGCUGGUACUAACUAUCAUUCAAAACGUUUGCUUAUUGUUUGGAUUCUAGAUUAAGGGUAAGUCGGUUAUACGAAGAUGAUGGUAAAACACUUGUUUCCUACAGACAAUAAGCUGGGACCAAUUGUCGCCCGUCUUAAUAUAUAGGGAGUUACAUAUACAUCAAUUUUGGAAACUGAGACAUAUUUUAUAAAGAUAGUCUGAACCAAACAUAGAUUACCCAAAAGAGGAGGGAAACAUAAAUGAACUUGUUCAAAAACAAAGGAAAAAAAACCUAAGCAUUAUUCAAAGAAGAAAUACUCAUGCCAAAUCUAUCAUUAUUUUUAUCUAUGACUUGAGUGCUUUCUUGACCAUCUUAGAACAUCCUUGCUGGAGACUUAGUUGUGUUGACACCACUUGGACCUGCUCCUGUAUUUGGUGCUGCCUUAGCAGGUACUGAGUUGGCACCAGACAUAUCAUCUUCAUAGACUCUCAUGUUAUGCAGUUUCGUCAUCAUUACCCCGUCAAAACACACAAAUAGACUCUACAGCAGUAUCAUCA